UAAACCUUUCUCUCAAAUCUUGUUCCACAUGUAUAUAACAUAUAUUUUAAAUUGGGGUUUAUAUGUCUUGGUGCUCUCCAGCCUAACGUUUGAGAUAGGGUUCUCUCCAUGUUGCAUCGGUCUCCCGGAAAAAUGUGAUAAUCCCUUCCAUAUAUGAAAAUCCCGCCUUACUCUCUUUCCCAAAUACUGUACAAAAAUAACAAUCGUACGAAACCAAAUUUUACCUAAACAAGAAAAACGUGAACAAAAAGCAGAGUUUAGAAACGGUUUCGUAAGAGAGAUUUAACUUGCAUUUUCACGUUAUCCUCCUCAACUUCUUUAAGCAUCUUUUCGCGUGAAUAUGUCAUGAUUGUAUGUUUCUUACCUGCUCCUUUUUUUAUUUGUUUGUUUCGUAUUUUCUGGAGCCUUGUAAUCGUUAUACUUGGGGUCGGAGUAAGGAGAUCUAAAGCAUGCAAGAACCGUCGGCGGAGGUUUCUGGUGACGGCGGAAGCACUGUUCAGAAUCUUCCACAGCCACAUACGGUUAGUGAUAAUCCAUCUCAAGUGGCUAUGGAUGAUGAGGUAUUGAGGAAAAGUGUGAAUAGGGAACGGGAAGCUUCAUUUGCGAUGGGGUUGGAGAACAAUGGUGCUCAGUAUGUUAAUAUAAAUGAAGAAGCUUCUUCUCCUAGGGUGUAUAAUAUUAAUAAAGUAUCAGUUUUACCUCUUGUUUUCCUUAUUUUCUAUGAGGUUUCUGGGGGUCCUUUUGGUAUUGAGGACAGUGUAGGGGCAGCUGGUCCUCUUUUAGCGCUUCUUGGCUUUUUGAUCUUCCCGCUCAUAUGGAGUGUCCCUGAAGCAUUAAUUACUGCUGAGAUGGGUACCAUGUUCCCUGAGAAUGGUGGUUAUGUGGUUUGGGUGUCAUCUGCCUUAGGUCCUUACUGGGGGUUUCAGCAAGGUUGGAUGAAAUGGCUAAGUGGGGUUAUUGAUAAUGCUUUAUACCCAGUUCUGUUUCUUGACUACUUGAAGUCAGGUAUCCCAGCGCUAAGUGGUGGUUUACCUAGAACCUUUUCAGCCCUAGGUUUGACUGCUAUUCUCACUUUCUUGAACUAUCGGGGUUUAGUCAUUGUGGGAUGGGUUGCUAUCCUUUUAGGGGUUUUUUCACUCCUUCCUUUCAUAGUUAUGGGACUUGUGGCAAUUCCAAAGCUGGAGCCUUCAAGAUGGCUUGUGGUGAAUCUACAUGAGGUGGAUUGGAAUUUGUAUUUGAACACUCUUUUCUGGAAUCUAAACUAUUGGGAUUCGAUUAGUACAUUAGCUGGAGAGGUCGAUAACCCAAAGAAGACUCUCCCAAAGUCUCUGUUUUAUGCAUUGAUCUUGGUUGUUGUUGGAUAUUUCUUCCCCCUUCUUAUUGGUACUGGUGCUGUUCCACUUAAUCGUGAGCUGUGGACUGAUGGUUAUUUUUCAGACAUUGCUAAAUUGCUCGGAGGAGUUUGGUUGAGAUGGUGGAUUCAAGGGGCUGCGGCAAUGUCAAAUAUGGGGAUGUUUAUUGCUGAGAUGAGCAGUGACUCUUUCCAACUUUUGGGGAUGGCUGAGCGUGGAAUGCUGCCUGAGUGUUUUGCUAAGAGAUCUCGUUAUGGAACACCCUUGAUUGGAAUUUUAUUCUCCGCAUCUGGUGUGAUUCUGCUGUCAUGGCUGAGCUUUCAGGAGAUUGUAGCUGCAGAGAACUUCUUGUACUGUUUUGGUAUGAUUUUGGAGUUCUUAGCAUUUGUACGAUUAAGAAUGAAAUAUCCAGCUGCUUCUCGUCCUUACAAGAUACCCAUUGGAACAGUUGGAUCGAUUCUUAUGUGCAUUCCUCCAACCAUACUGAUUUUUGUUGUGUUAGCUCUUUCUUCGCUGAAAGUUGCAGCUGUAAGCCUGGGUGCUGUGGUGAUUGGCCUUGUGAUGCAACCUUGUCUGACGUAUGCUGAGAGAAGGAGAUGGAUGAAAUUCUCCCCUAAUACCAACCUCCCAGAUCUUCAUGGCCAUAACCAAGAAAGUUCUGGUGCACUAAUAGAGUAACAAAUCCUAGCUAAAGUUUGAGAGGCCAAGAAUCAAGGCCUAGUUCAGUAGUGCUGAGCGGCCAACAUCAAAUCCCUUGUCACAUGGUAUCAAAGAACAAUAUAUGUGACACAUAAGCAAAAGUUUUUAUUUACAAACUAAUGUUUCUAUUUAAUUGCGUAGUGAUAAAUAGUGAAAUCUGUUCAUCA